CGCGACCGUCCGAUACGCGUUUAGUACGGGCAUUUAGGUCUUAAAUUCGUAUAAUAACCGCAGCCCCGUCCAGUCGGCAGCAGACCCUCCUGUAACGCAGCCAGAGUGACCCAGAUAAGAGGAGACAGGCAGAACAAAACGGUCCUCAGAAAUCGAUUACACUUUUCCAUUGGUGUUCCGGCAGGGAGCAUGGCCUCGAAAUGCAGCGGAAGCCAGGCCCCCGAGGAGCAGAACCCCAAAAACGACCAUGAAUGGAAAAGAGGAAAAUGUCCUGAUCAUUUGGUCUGGACGCCUUCGGACAUAUACACCUUAACCGAUCUAUCUCAUUAUAGAGAAAUAGUGAACGUGGAAAGGACGGUACACUGGGAUGACUACACAGAAGAUGAAAAGGCAGGGAGGCCAAUUAGCCAUCCCAUUAAAAAUUGGCAUCGAAGCCGACUAGUAAACGGUACCAAAGGGCUGUGGAUUGGCCUUCCUGAGAGUUACCACAAUUGGUAUGGGAAUGUCACCUACGAAAUCAUCUUCAGAGAUUUUUUCAAGAAGUUUAUUGCUUCUGGAAAAUACAAAGCUUACUUCCUUGAGAUUGUUCAGUACAAUACCAAAUGCAUGAGCCGUUUUCUGUUGACAAAGGAAAACCAACAACCAACAUAUUCGGAAUACGAUUGGACGAAGAACGGAGGACCCUGGCGCUAUGUGAAUGGCAAGCACGAGUACAGCCAAAGGAUAAGGACAGCGAACAUCCACGUCGAAGAAGACAACGAAGACACCUUAGAAGACGACAGAGCCAACACCUUAGAAUUUUUCUUCCAUGUGCAAGAGGAAGACAUCCCGACACUGAACGCCAUGAUCAGAAAGAUACCGGCGCAUCACAAUAGGGCCAACGAAGUCGCUACUCACAUGUGCCACAAAUUCAGAUCCUCCGGAAGAAGGAACAAUAAAUGCCCGUAUGACAGGACAGCAGAACAAACCCAGGAGCUAAUGGAUAAGCUUCAAGGAAUGACUUUGAUUCCAUAAAAGAUUUUGGAAAGCCUUUUUCCAACUAUACACACACAAACGUCGCACACACAUACACAAGCACGCAUACACACACACGCACGUACACAUACAUGCAUGUGUGUUUGUGUGUGUGUGCAUACAUACAUACAUACAUAUAUAUAUAUAU